AUGGCAGCUGUGUCUUUGGAAAAGCUAUUUAUCGCAUCCAAAAUGCAGUCAUAUGAGGAUCUGGAUGAGCAAUCUUUGAUUGCAAUUUUUCCUCACAUGUAUUUUACAAUCGAGAACGUGGAGUGUUUCGUCGCUGAAAAGUUUAAGGACCCAGCUGCUUUAAUUACUGCUGUUGAAUUGUUGCAGUUCUUGGACAGCUUAGCAACUGUUGACAUAAGAAAGAUUUGGGAAAUCACUCUCCUAGAAACUUCGAAGAAACGCUCAACAGAACUACCACCUAGGUCUCGAGUGUUUACUUAUGAUGAUUUUGAGGCCCAGAGUUCAGUAGAAUCGAAAGUAAAAUUGGUUAUUCAGCAGCUUCAGCAUGUCUUGCAUGAGAAUGCAAGCGAUCAUUGUGAAUAUUACCGUUGCUGUACUCUUUUGGAAGCAUCUGUUCUGCUAAACAUUGUAACAGUAAUUAUAUCUGCAGUUAUUGUUGGACUGUAUAACACAGAUAUCUUACCUGAUGUGAUAGCGGGCCUUUCCAUUCAUUGUGCUCUUGGCUCUCGUCUUUUAAUUGAACGUCUUGUUCUCAACUUUCCAGAAAAGUGGUGUACCGUGUACGAGUGCCUUCUGGAGCGUAUUUCAACAGCUAAGUACAAUUCGGAUCAGAAAGGGGCUUCCCGCUGUCUCGCAAUGCUUCAUCACCUCCCUACUUUCGUUCCCGAUAUAAAUGGGCUCAUGAACAAAUGUAUACAACUUAGACAGUUACCGAACUUGGUUAUGCAGUUGGCGAUCAUGCGCACAAACAGUGACAAGGACUUUUCUCUGCUUAAUCUCUUUAAACGAGUUUUGCUUGACAGUGGUCGAAAAACUCAGUCAUGGUUUGCUGAAUACCUGAGAUUCACUUGGGAUACAAGUCCUACAUUAACUGCUGAUGUAAACGAAAAGAUCCUAUCGGCUGUUUCUGGGAUCGCAGAGGACUCGAAGUCUGUACUCUCCAAGGAUCAGUUAGUCCCUGCAAUGGAAUUUCUGCGAACGAUCGCAGCUUUAUGUGGCUAUACCGGAUUUGUUAUUUCUGGUGUUAAUGAGGCCGGAUGCUCGGAAACGGAGGAGCAGCUCGUUGUUUGGCUACGACGCCUGAUAUCUCGUCAGGACAUUUUCCACACAUCUUUGCGUCAAUCCUCCACGUACUCUGAAGUUCUCCUUCUAUUUGGACUACUCCUUAAUAACAAUAAUCAAAUCACAAUUCGUAAUAUUAUCGUCAAUACGCUUGACUUAGAUGUUCCAUGUUUUGUACGCAACAUCUCUGCUUCUCGAAAGCUCUUCAUUCAAAAAGUCUUCACUUGUCAGGGCUGGAUAUAUCGUCAGAUUUGUGAGAGUGUUCGUCCGCUGCAUCCACUUAUGCUCGAAUUUCUCGAGACUUAUACUACCAACGCUUUGGCACAGAUAGUUGGCCUGGCCAACAGCCAAAUAAUUGGUGCCGGCGGUGGUUGUGUGCCUUUCACGGAGGCCGAACUGUUCUCUCAAUUCUCUGAUCCUGUUUUCGGCCCUGAUGCUCGCAUGUGUGCGCCCGGUGCCACCGACUUUGUCGCUGAACUGCCGAUUGAUUCCGAUGUUGAUGAUCUUCAAAUGGAUCUGACGCCCCAGCUCCUCUUCCUUUAUUACAUGUUUUAUAUCCAUGAUCAGGAAUUGGCCUCCCGUGGCGCAGAAAAUCGAGGGAAUCAGCGCGGCACCCAAACGAAGCUGUCACUGUCGCUGUUUUCGGACAAACUUUGGGACGCUAUUCCUAUUACCUAUUUGCUACAAUACGCACGCUCAAACAUUUCCUCUUAUCGACAACUUUAUCCUCGCUUACAACUAUUGGUGAUGGAGUACAGGCCUCAUCUAGUGGUGGGCGAGUUCACCAUUCAGGAUGAGUUGCUCCUUGAUCCUAUAUGGAAGCCUAAUUCAGACUUCCAACCCUUCAACAGUUUCUGCCCCCCAAGACGGAAGGCCACGGCUAUAAAGGCACCAUUGCCGGACAAGCUUCUUUCAGUUCUGGACCAAAUUCUUUCACCCAGCUCCUCUCUGGAGAGCCUCAAGUCCGCCACAAUUGAGUGUAUUUCUGCAGUGAAUUCUCUCGUCAAAGUGGUGAAUGGACUGAGAGGAUUCUCGCGUCUGCGUCAUCUUUUACCCUACGCAGAGGCAAUUGGCUGCCGUUUGCCUCGAGUUUUGUUGGAGACUGCUGCACUGUCGGGCAAUCAGCGCUUUUCAUCUGCGGUCUGUUUCCUGUGGCGCAGUUUACAUUGUAUUAUGCCUUGCAGUCGUCACUUCGUCCCACCGACAAGUACUACUGCUUCUGAGGAGCCAGAAACUAGCAGCGCCGCCUCUGCGACUCCUCUCUCUCUCGUUCCUAUUACAGCGGAGACGGAGAUGCAGAGUUUGGCACGGGGAAGGCGGACCAGUGGUAAUGCUAGGCCUACCUUGGAACCUGUUUCUGGUGCUGGUGUUGGCGGGACAGAGGGUAGUGCUGCGUCAUCUUCUCAACCAAACACUGCGGAACCGCUUGCAUCUGAUGAACUGUGUGAUCGUUUAAGAACGACUCUUGUCGCUUGUCAAGAUGCUACUGUUGUGCAGAUCCUUUUAGAAUUUUGUCUGCCCACAGCUAAGGAAAAGAAUUUGAAAUCGGAAGUCACUGAGCUGCGGCAAGUACAGAAUAUUAUUUGCACCUUCAUCCAUUUCCUCUUCAUCGGUGAUCCGGAUUUGGCAAAAGUCGUUUUUUGGCAGACCUAUCCAAGAUCAUUAAAUCCGCUUGCUACCCGUGCUAUACCGUCCAUUCAAAUAUGCACGGACACCGUUCUGGAGAUCUUCUUAAAAAGUGGAAGCCUGGAAGAUGUGACUUUUUGUCUGGACUUUGUCUCCCAUCUGGCCUUGCAUUGCCCCUUUAAUGCGGUGCACAAUCUUGCAACGUAUGCUGUUGAGGUUAUGGGUCUCAUAUUUACACAUCUGGCCAGCUUGGAGGAGAUGGCGCCCCUGUUGGUUGCUUGUGGACCGGCUUUUUGUCGCCUGGCCUGCGCCUUCCCAAGCUUCAGUCAUCGUUUGGCUGCCAUUCUCCUCAGUGCCAUGUCAACUCUUUCUCAGGCUGUCGCCGUGAUCGGUGGAUCCAGGCAUCGUGAUCUCUUGGUGAAAAGCAUCGUUGCUCUCAAAUCGAGCGCUCUUUCGGGUUUUGAUGAUGCACUCUCUAAAAGCUUGGACUUGGUGGAGGAUGGGGCGGAGAGCUUGCCGAAUCUAAGCCACCUGACGAGGACGGAGAGGUACACCGUUGCGUGUGUGCAUGCAAUGUUAUGCUUCAAUCGGCUUGUACGUCUCACGACCCCUCAACGACGCCUCUAUCUAGCACCGGGUAUUGAUGAACUGCCUUCUCUUCUAACUUGGCAACCACUGCCGUCCGUGUACAGUUUUUGCCAUUCAGAAAAGUAA